UUCACUUUCGUUUGUUAGUCGAUUGGAUGUCUAGAAAGACGGAAAUGAAUUUAAAACUUUUACGUUAUUCAUAGAGUGAAUAUUUAAUCUGUGCUAACUCAUGGCCAUGGUAGUUGUUGCGUUAUAAUAUAAUAUUUGGGUUUUUACUUUCACUAUCAACAACCGCUACCUAUUGUAGGAGCGGGGUAACCUGAAAUUGCAAGUUAGCAACAUGGUAACUGCUGGAAAAAUUGUGAUACGGAUUGUGUUUGUGGUCUGUGUUGUAUUAGUGCUUAUCACCGACUAUUCGGGACUUAUACACAAAUUAAUCGGAGGAAAUAGGACUGAUGAAGCUGGAAAAGUGCCACCGAGACCCAAAAAUCCCGGAUAUGGAGAUCCAAAGACUGACAUCGAUAUUGACGCAGACAUCGAAGACGAUUCAAUCAAACAUUUAGGUACAACAUCCCUAAAAUCUGAACUUUUGCAAACAAUAAAGAAUGCAUGUUUGCCGAAACUGAUCUGUGAACUAAACGCAACGCCGCAAAAAGAUAAGCUGACCGAGUCCGAAAAGUCCUUGCUAACUCUUCUUAGGGACACGUCGAUAAGUACAACCGCUGAGCUGACAUCGAAAUAUCAUUUCGCCGCACAUAUGGGUCAGCUAAUUGCCGGAGUUGAGGGUAAUGGCUGCCAUAAUUUUUACCCGACGUGUCCUUUUCCGGGUCUUCAAGUACUCCAAAUGAUGAAAAAAGUCAGGAUGCGGUAGAGAGAAUUUUAUCGGAUGACAUUUCGCUUGAUUUCGUUCUCCUAAUUGAACGCAGAGCUCGGUCUAUUUCAAGCUUUCACAAAAAAAACAUCACAGACAUUUCACUCGGCCUUUACGAAACGAAAUUAAUUCAUUUCAUGAGUAUGAAUGGGAUGAUCUUUAAUUUAAGGCGUCACGUGUUACCUACCAUCAAAGUUAUACAAACUAACACGUGUUUUUUAGCUUUGGUGAAACAAUAAAAUGACAAUUAUUUAUAUGUAUGUAAAUGAUUAUUUUCUUAGGUAUAUAUAUAUUAUCCUUGCUCUAGUAAAUUUGAUAGAUAUAUACGAAAUUUUAUAUUGAAACUAGUCUAUAAAUAGUAAAUGAUGUAUUUUUAGUUAGUAGGUAUAAGAUGAUAGAUAGUUUUCUAACCUAAAUUGUCUGUUUCGCAAAAUGGGCAAUGUGAUAUUAGUGCUGGGCAAAUUGCAAAUAUUUGAAUAAAUUUAAUACUUUAGAUGUUAUCGAAAUUAGUCUUUACACAACUUUCCCGUUUUGUAGUAGGUGGGUAGGUACAUGUAUAUUAUACAUUCUAUUAUAAUAUAAAAAUAAUGAAACAAGAAUAUAAGUGCCAAAGUAUGCAAACUUAUAAUAUGCUUUUCUUGGAAAAAUGAUUUGUAAACUUUAAGGCAUCUUGAUUGUAUUAUAUUAGAUUUUUUAUAUCCGAACAGUAGUUAAAAAGACUUGAAAAUAAAAAUACCUCAUGUAUGAUGUAACUCAUUUUAUAUAAACACAUACGAUUUGUAGGUAUUUAAUUUUACAAUUAUUGUUGUUAAGACUGUUUUUCCUGUUAAAGACAUGUAUGUAUUAUGUAUUAUGUACUUGUAGUUAGGAGCUAAACUAUAUAGUUUAUUUUUAUAUUGUGAUAUUUUUUGUUUUAGUUUGUUUUUCUAUUAUUGUAAUGAAUAUAAUGCAUUAUAACAAUGUACUUCUGAAUACAUAAUAAUUUACUUUUGAAAGUGUUUUAAAUAAGGUUGUGGAUGUAAUUGAUCAACAAUUCAUAAAUAGUAGGUACCUAUUUUAAAAACUGGAAUUCUAAGUAAUGAUAUAAAUAUAGUAUUUGUCUAAAAUAUACAGUGACAUAUAAUGGAACGUCAACUCUUUGAAAAAUUAUUACAAAAACAAAAAAAAAACGGAGGUAUAAAAUUUGCAUGUUGGUCGUAAAUAAAAGCCAUAACCAUUAAGUUGUAAAGCAAUUUCAAAACAUCUCUAUCCAGUCAACUAACUCACCAGUAGUUACAUGAUGAUUAAUGUUUAGGCCCUUUUAACGACCAUAAUUAAAAAAAUAAUAUCGAUGCAGUUUUAUUACCUCUAUUAUUUGUUAAUUGAUGACAAAUCAAACAGAUUCAUAAAGUUUCAAAUAAACGUUGCAUUAAACACAGAAUCCAGUUAAUAAUUUAACCACAAGUCAUUCUUUUAAAAUUCGAGUUACGUAGGCUAUAAAAUUUGGUAUUUUAAAUAGUGUUGACCUUUUGAAAGCCGCCCCUUUGUAGCGUAAUUAAAAUUCAGAUAUACAUCGGCUUGAAGACAACAUUUCUUAUUUUAUAGGGUUGUGGAAGCACGUAGAGCUUUGGAUAAUUUGUGUUGAGUUUGAAAUUAACAGUAAAGGGUUGUGAAGUACUUUAUCUAAGAAUAAACUGUCUAAUCGUAUUUAAUUCGCAAUCGUAGUGUCGAAUCGUGUUUGAACCUCAUUAUGUAUGCGCGUUUUAGCGGCCUUUGUUGCAGAAUCAAGUUUAGUCAGGACAUAAAAUUCUUUCUUUAGGUAUGUACACGUUGCUACGAACGCCUCUUGACACACGGACAAUUUAACUUUCGUCUUUAUACAAAUUACUAGACGUAAGGAUAUAUUUCUUUCUCGAAAUAACUACUGUUAGCACGUGAAAGAAUAAAAUGCAUCCAAACCUAAGUAUAUGGGCUCAAAUACUAGGGUAGUUUAUAAAUAACGUAAUGAAUUAUGUCUGAAAUAUGCCUUACGGUUUAUUGCAGUCAACGUAA